AUGGCGGGGCGCGCAGCGCCAGCACCGCAAGCCCAGCGGAUACCUCUCGUCGUCGACGAGACUGCCGAGGUUGUCAAGAUGCGAUUUCUCAACCAUCUGAGGAGCGAGGUGUCGUACGAGCAGCAGGCGGAACUCAUGCGACAAACAGAAACGUCGUCGUUGUUUGUCGACUACUCAAGGUUGUUUGCCUCCGACGUAGACUUGGCACAAGCUCUCGCAGCUGCGUACUUGCGAUGGGAGAUUCCAUUGCGACAGGCUGCAGCGGAGUUUUGCGCUACAGGACGUGAGACGUUUGUGUGUUUUUACAACUUCACAAUGGUUCGGAAGAUUCGGCAACUGCGGAUGCAGGAAAUCGGCAAGAUGAAUAGUUUCAGCGGUACCGCGACACGGACUAGUGAAGUGCGACCAGAGUUACUUUUUGGGGCGUUCACGUGCAUCGAAUGUGGGGGCGUCGUCGAAGGUGUCGAGCAGCAGUUCCGAUACAUGGAGCCCAAGAAGUGUGCGAAUCCGUUUUGCGGCAACACCAGUCAAUGGGAGUUGCAUCCUGAAAAGAGUGUGUUUGUCGAUUGGCAAAAAGUGCGUGUUCAAGAAAACAGCGACGAAAUCCCCGCGGGGUCCAUGCCUCGGUCGAUCGACGUCAUCUUGCGGCACGAAAACGUCGAACAAGCAAAAGCCGGCGACAGGGUCGUGUUUACCGGUGCUUUGAUCGUUGUUCCGGACGUGUCUCGGUUCGGGAAAAAUGGCGGAGAGAAUGUCGUGGCAGCCAGGCGUGGCGGCGAGAACAGUGCCCACGGCAUGGAAGGCGAGGGUGUGCGUGGGCUGAAAGCGACAGGGGUCAAAGAACUGACGUACAAGACGGCGUUCUUGGCGUGCUCUGUGCAGACCAUGGCGCAGCGAUUUGACCGGGUCUCGAUUCGAUCAGAAAUGGGCGAGGAGACCGAAAACGACUUUUCCGAGGAAGAACUCGAGUCGAUUCGACUGAUGAAGGCCGACUCGGACCGGUACAUGAAAAUGGCCAAGUCGCUGUGUCCGUCUGUAUACGGCCACGACGAAAUUCGCAAGGGCAUUCUGCUCAUGCUGUUUGGCGGCGUGCACAAGACCACAAACGAAGGGAUCAAACUGCGUGGGGACAUUAACAUUUGCAUUGUGGGAGAUCCGUCGACCGCCAAGUCGCAGUUCCUCAAGUACAUUGUCCAGUUCCUUCCGCGAGCAAUCUAUACGAGUGGGAAAGUGAGCUCUGCGGCAGGGUUGACGGCAAGCGUGAGUCGUGACCCCGACACGGGCGAAUACUGCGUCGAGGCCGGUGCCUUGAUGCUGUCGGAUAAUGGCAUUUGCUGCAUCGACGAAUUCGACAAGAUGGACCCGAUGGACCAAGUCGCAAUCCACGAAGCCAUGGAGCAACAGACCAUCUCGAUCACGAAAGCCGGGAUUCAAGCCACUCUGAACGCCCGCACGUCGAUUCUGGCGGCGGCGAACCCUCAGAACGGCCGGUACGACAAAACCAAGGUAUCCCACGGUGUUUGUCGUGGGGCACUUUUGCCUGAGUGCAUCGUAGACGCUCAAGUACAACGUCAAUAUCUCGGCGCCGAUCAUGUCGCGGUUCGACUUGUUCUUUGUGGUGCGAUUGGUGGUGAAAACAUGCACGGUUUUCAACGAAAUGCGUCGUGGGCUGCGGUAGAUUCUGGACGAGUGCAACGAAGUCGCGGACGAAAAGAUCGCCCAGCACAUUGUAAAUCUGCACAAGCCGCCCGAGCUCCAGGUCCAUGCGCAACCAGAACAAGCGUACCCGGAGGAAGCAUUGCAAAAGUACAUCAAGUUUGCGCGGACGUUGAACCCCGUCAUUGCUCCGGACGCCAAGCGCAUGAUGGUCGCGUGCUACCGCAAGCUCCGUGAAAACGACGUGAGCAGCAACGGCCAGAGCAACAUUGCGUACCGAAUAACGGUGCGCCAGCUCGAGUCAAUGAUCCGGCUGUCGGAGGCGCUGGCCCGCAUCGAUUUGGACGAAACCGUGCAGGUUGAGCAUGUUCAGGAAGCGUAUCGGUUGCUGAACAAGUCGAUCAUCCACGUGGACACACAAAACAUUGACUUGGACGUGCCGCAGUUGCCCGCCGCGACAUCCACGGAAGACGUGGCCGCCGCGAAUUCCGUCGACGCGGGUGUGCACCAAAACCAAGUCGACAUUGACGGCAGCGGGUCGUCCAUAACGUUCGAGCGGUUUGCGUGGAUUCAAAAAGCCGUGUCGCGCUUCAUCCGAGACAAGGAGGAUGAAAUGGAAGCAUUCAAGCAAACCCAAAGCAACGCGGACGAGUUCUCGACGUGUGGCGUCCUCCAAGGAGAAGUUGUGACGUGGUACCUGGCGUUACAGGAUAUCAACUCGGAGCACCAACUCGCCAUGGAACGCAAGAUGAUCUUGUCUGUGGUGGAGAAACUCAUCAAGGAUGGGUUUCUCCAGGUCGUCGACGAAGACGACGAGACCCAAGAUCGGUUCCUGACCGUCCAUCCAAACUACGCUUUUGAAUAACUCCGUCCUCCACUCCCUCGCAUCUCCAUCAGGGGACAGACGUCUGCACGUGGCGCGCACCUCCUUCAUCUUCUAUAGAGCCGCUAGUUCCUGCGGCGUUUUGCCCGCUGCUCUUGGUCAAGGCAUCCUGUGGGUCGACGGAGCAUUCCAAUUGACGCUCUCAGGAACUUCACGACAUGCUGGAUCAUAUCGUAGUGCACAGUGGACGAAUUCCUCGGGUGUUCGUGCCGUCGAGGUGUGUCCUCGAGGAACUCGUGCAUGGUCGAGGGCGGGUUUUGUGUUGUGGAGAACUUGUCUGCCCCCGUGGCGCAGCACACUUGGCCGGCGGUUUUCAUCGCUCCCGCGAUCUUUUCGCGCCGAGUGAGAUAUACUCGUCAUCAAUGGCGCAUCAUGAGCGAUGUACCUCCUCGCCGGCGCAUGCCCACCCCCGUUCCCGCGAUCGUCGAUUCCAACUCUCAAGACCGCCUCUUUGUUGCACAACCCUCGUUGUCGCUGCAGAACACCGUCGUGCCUCUGCUCCCAGUGUUCUCGACCAGGGUGGAGGAGGGUGGGUUGUGCUGAUCGUGGAGUCGUGUGUUCGUCACCUCCAUCAUCAUGUCGUCCCACCAACCCGCCAAUCCAGGCCCUGCACCCGUCGUCGUUUAUGCUGAGUUGCUGUAACUCACGCGUCCGUGUCAGAACAAAUGCUUGCCGCUCAAAGACCGUGCACCCACCGCUUGUGCAACCGACACCUCUCCUCACUUGCCGCUGUAGGCGAGACUAUCUGCCGCGUUGUCCGCCCUCUCUCGCACGUUGGAUCAGCAGACCAGCGGCAGUGAGGCGGCGCGGGACUCUGCUCGGGCGGCAGAGUCAGGAGGCAUCUGGUUGACGUUCGAAUUGCAUGCUGCUGUGUGUU